UCUAGCCUGCGCGGGAGGCGGUGAGACGCCGUGGACGGCUUCCCAGGCGGCGAAAGCUACAGAGGGCCUCUUCGCUGGCCGCCCGGUCGGCCAUGGAGGCUUUGCGCAAAGCGCUGAUCGUGGGUGCCCUUCUGGGCGCGGGGGCUGGCGUUGGCUCCGCGCUCUUUGUCCUCGUGACCCAGGGAGAGGAGCAGAAGCAGGCGAUGCUGAAGGAGAUACCCGAGCAGGACCCGCGGCGCAGGGACGAGGCGACCAGAACCAAAGAGUUAGUGCUGGCCACUCUGCAGGAGGCAGCGACCACGCAGGAGAACGUGGCCUGGAGGAAGAACUGGAUGGUCGGCGGCGACGGGAGGUCAGCGUGAGCCCGGACUUCCCUCGUGGGCGCUGGCACCUUCCUCCCGCGGAGUCCGGCGCGGCCUUUCUCCCCCGUAGUCCCGGUAGGGAGUCCGGACCCGGGAUGCCGCGCGCCCAGGCCUCCUUGAGGCCCCGGGAGCCGCUGCGGGGUGAGCACGUCCCGCCUCCACCCGCAGGCGCUGCACUGAUAACACUUUCCCGUCCUGCGUCGCGGGCCAGGGCGUGGGAUGUGGCCAACUGAAGGAACCAAUAAAUCACGUUCCUCUGUCCGGUCAGUAAGCCCUGCGGUCUGUGUCUAGAGUGUUCUGGGGAUCCGUGUAGGGGACGCGGAUGACUGUGGGUCCCACCGGCCCUGCAACGACCACGUUUUCCAAACACAAGCCAGGUCAUGUGGUCUGAGUGGCCAUUCGGUGAUAACCAGGAGACAUUCUCGAAAUCAGAACUAUCCUGGAAAAUCCUGUAGCAUUAGAUGCCCAUGGAAGACACUUUGGGUGAAGUUGGAGAGGGGCUGUUGGUAUUAGCAUGUGCGGUGAUGCUCUCUGGGGCUGCCGAACCGUUGGAGGCCAAUUUAAAUUGCCGAGCGAAAGGAGCGUGCUUUGAGUCAGACAGAUCUUGAUUAAAGUCCUGCCUAUUACAAAA